CAAAUUAUGACAAAUGACAUAGCUUUUCGGAAUGGAAAAGUCCUUUAUUCUUGUUUCAUGUAGAGCUUUAUUUAUGUAAUUUACAUAUUAUUUUAAAAAAUAAUAUUCAAUAAUUUUAAAAUUUAAGUAAUUUUUUUUAGUCAUUUGACUUCCAUUAUUAAAAACAGUAACUUUAAUUGUUGAUUGAGUGGAAACCUUAUUUCUUACCAGCUAAGGUGAUGUGAGAAAAAGAAAUCUCAACUAUAAAAUCCAUAAAAAGAAAAUACGUUUUCAAAAAAAUUCCAAAAAUAAAAGGAAAAGAGUUCCAAAGUAAUCGGGAAUAGCAGGUAAUAAACCGGUCACUCUCUAUUGUCAAAUAAAAUACUAUAAACAAAAGGCCAAUCUUCACUUUUCUCUCUCUUCCACUCAUUGGUUCUUUACUUUUCUCUCACUAAAUUAUAGAUAUAGGAAUGUAGAGAGAGAAAUCAAUUCUCAUAGAUCGAACCCGUUUUUUCUUUUGUUUCUCUUCAAGUCUCCGAUUGAUUCUUCUCGGAUUUUUUCUGGGAAUUUAUCGGGAAAAAGAAAGAGGAAGAAAGUAUGGAAUUGCCAGCAAAUGUGUCAGCUUUUUUCUUAAGAGAGUGAUAUGACACAGGUUCAAAAACAAAUACUACAAAAACUUUUUCUUUUGAGGUAACAGAAACUCUUUCUCUUUCGUUUUCCACAAUGGGGAGAAGAAUAUCUGUUUUUCGAGGCUAAAUUUGAAUGCUUUAAAGGAAUAUACGACGUGACCCCAUUUUUUCCUUUUCUUUAAACUUUAAAGUUUGAACCUUUAGCUUCUGGUUCUUAAAAAGUGAUCUCUUUUUUGUUUAACUUUGGUAUGGGUUAUUGGUUUUUAGGGUUUUGAGCUGAUUUUUGAACUCGUUGAGGUUAAGGAAAAUGAAAGUUUUAAGGGUUUCUGGGAGGUCUGUUUUGGGUGGUAAUGGGAGAUAUCGGUAUGGGUUUUGGAGGAUUUAAGUGAAUCAUAUAGUAGUAGAAUUGUAAAUUUGAGGAAGGUUUGUGGGGGGUGAAAAGCUGAGAUCUGUUUUGGGAGCUCCCAAGGGGCUGGUUGAUGAAUGUGUGUACCAUAAGUUCAAAAUAUCAGUGCAAUUCUUGGUGUUAAAAGGGUUUUUGAAGUGGUUUAAGCUUUGUAUUCAUGAGGAAUAUGAUGAUUUUACUGGAUUUUGUUAGUGGGUUUUGAUCAUUUUGAGGAUUGGAUAGGCAAAUUUUUGAGGAUUGGGGUGAACUAAAGAGCUGGUAAAGUAGGAACUUGGUACUGCUUUGAGGUUAAAAAAAGCCGAGAUCUUGAUAAUUAGUGUUUAUUUGAGAUAUUUCUUAAUCUAUGUCUGGUGCUCCGAAAUUGAGGUCGAUGAAUGUGGCUGAUUCUGAGGCAAGGCCCGUACUGGGACCUGCGGGGAACAAGGCGGGUUCGUUGAGUGCAAGAAAACCGGCUUCAAAGCCUUUGAGAAGGGUUGAAAAGUCUCCAGUUGAGAUCACUGUAGCAGAGAAGAAAAAAGCCCUUCCAUCAUCUACUGUCAAUUCACUUCCUUCAGUGCUUCGUCGCCCUGAGCAGUUGUUGCAUUCUAAUUUAUCACUAAAUGCUUCAUGUUCAUCUGAUGCUUCCGCGGAUUCAUUUCAUAGUCAAGCAUCUACUGGUAGGUUAAUUCGGUCAAAUAGUGUAGGAAGUAGGAGGAAACCAUACGCAUCAAGGCCAAGCAGCAUUGUUUCCGAUGAUGGUUUGGAUUCGCCACCUGAUGGCUCACAUCUGAAGAAGAGAUGUGCGUGGGUGACACCAAAUGCAGAUCCAAGUUAUGCUGCUUUCCAUGAUGAAGAGUGGGGAGUUCCUGUACAUGAUGACAAGAAAUUGUUUGAGCUGCUUGUGCUUUCGGGUGCAUUGUCUGAACUCACAUGGCCUGCUAUCCUAAGCAAAAGGCACAUAUUUAGAGAAGUUUUUGUGGAUUUUGAUCCUCUUGCUGUAUCAAAAUUGAAUGAGAAUAAGUUAAUGGCACCUGGUAGCAUGGCAAGUUCCUUGUUAUCAGAACUAAAGCUGCGAGCCAUCAUUGAGAAUGCACUCCAAAUUUCUAAGGUUAUAGAUGAGUUUGGGUCAUUCAACGAGUAUAUUUGGAGUUUUGUGAACCACAGGCCUAUAAUUAGCAGAUUCAGAUAUCCUCGCCAGGUUCCAGUUAAAACUCCAAAAGCAGAUGUCAUAAGCAAAGAUCUGGUAAGAAGGGGUUUUCGAAGCGUGGGGCCAACAGUCAUUUACUCGUUCAUGCAAGUGGCGGGAAUAACAAACGACCAUCUCACAACUUGCUUCAGAUUCCAGGAGUGUAUAAUAGCAGCAGAAGGAAAAGUAGAAAAUGGGAUCAAAGAUAUUCCUGAAGAGAAAAAAACAGAUAAUGUGAUUGAAUCAGAAUUAUCCAUAGCUAUUGAUGAAUUGAGUUUCUCCUUAAAAUAAUGUUGGCUGGUGGCGGAUGGCGCUCGAGGUUCGAUCAUCAGUUUACCACAUCGACUGAUCCAUUACUCUCUACUUUGGGUAGUAAUCAACAUGGUUUUGUGUAUAAAAUUUUCAUGAAUACCUAUGCAUCAUGAAUUUGCUAGAUUGUAGAUUUCUAAAAAGUAAAUGAACUGGUAAAUGUGCUGUUUAUGGGGCCUGUCUGUCAUGGAAGUCUUAAACCAUGUACAAUUUUUUCUGUAUAGUUGGAAAGAUUAGUAAUUAGAGAUCAUCUUUUAUAUACUAGAUACCGGCAUCAGGAACUGCCGGCUUCAGGAAACCAGAUUGGCCACUGGAUCUUUUGCCAUCAGAUUCUUGACCAUUUGGAUAUUAGGUGGGACUGGUUGAGGGUGGGAUUGAUUAGGUAUUGACCCUGUAAGUUGCUGGACAGCCAAAGCUUAAACUGGCAAGUCUAUUUGCUUUAAAAUGGAUGGCAAGAAUGGGUGAGGGGCAAAAUGUUUGUGUCCUAAGGAACAGGGGAGGACUCCAUCUUACAUGACAUGCUUAUUCUGUUGAACCCAA